CAGAGUGUUUCAGAGUCAGUCAGAGUGAUGAUGAAGACGAUGAUGAAGGUGAUGAAGAUGUUGGAGUUGCUCCUCAUCCUCUCCGGUGUCCUCUGUGUCCCUGCAGAAGAUCUACAUGAGGAUCUUCAUAUCUACGGAUGUUCAGACUCUGAUGGAGAGGACAUGUACACACUGGAGGGUGAAGAGUUGUGGUACACAGACUUCAAGAAGAACAGAGGAGUUUACCCUCUGCCUGACUUUUCAAAUAGUUUCAGGUACGAGGAAGGAACUUAUGAAAAUGCUGUGGCUAAUCAACAGGUCUGCAAAGAUAAUCUGAAGAAGGAUCGUAAUGCAAUGAAAGACAUCCCACUGGAAUCUGAUCCUCCUUCCAGUCCCAUCAUCUACAUCAGAGACCAGGUGGAGCUCGGAGUCCAGAACACACUGAUCUGUCAUGUGACCGGUUUCUAUCCUGCUCCUGUUAAAGUCUACUGGACCAAGAACGAAAAGAACGUGACCGAAGGAACCAGCAUCAAUGUUCCUUACCCCAACAAAGACGGUUCCUUCAGCCAGUCCUCCAGACUGGAGUUCACCCCACAGCAGGGAGACAUGUACAGCUGUUCAGUGUCACACCCAUCACUGAGCCAACCACUGACCAGGAUCUGGGGUGUGGAGGUGCAGCAGCCAGGUGUUGGACCUGCAGUGUUUUGUGGACUGGGUGUGACUAUCGGUCUGCUCGGUGUGGCAGCUGGAACCUUCUUCCUCAUCAAAGGAAACGAGUGCAGCUGAUUGGCUGUGGCUGAUGAUGUUAAUAAUUAAUGAGUAUAAACUAAUCAGUUAUUGGUAGAAGUUAAACAGCUUCUAUCACUGUAUGUGUGCAGUUUGAUAUUUUAAUCACUGAUUUCAUGCUUCAUUCAAUCACCUGGAAUAAUAUAUAUAAUAAAUACCUGUCAUCUGAUGUCUCUGUUCUUUUACUCUGAAAUUAUAAUGGAUUUAACUCUCUAACUCUGUUUAAACAGUGAUUUUAGCUUCUUUAACUCUCUAACUCUGUUUAAACAGUGAUUUUAUCUUCUUUAACUCUAACUCUGUUUAAACAGUGAUUUUAGCUUCUUUAACUCUAACUCUGUUUAAACAGUGAUUUUAGCUUCUUUAACUCUAACUCUGUUUAAACAGUGGUUUUAGCUUCUUUAACUCUAACUCUGUUUAAACAGUGAUUUUAGCUUCUUUAACUCUAACUCUGUUUAAACAGUGAUUUUAGCUUCUUUAACUCUAACUCUGUUUAAACAGUGAUUUUAGCUUCUUUAACUCUAACUCUGUUUAAACAGUGAUUUUAGCUUCUUUAACUCUAACUCUGUUUAAACAGUGAUUUUAGCUUCUUUAACUCUAACUCUGUUUAAACAGUGAUUUUAGCUUCUUUAACUCUAACUCUGUUUAAACAGUGGUUUUAUCUGCAGCUUGUUCAGUCAGGUUUGUGUGGAGGGAAAAUGUUUGUAUCACUUUAUAAUCUGAGAUAAAUAAAUAAAGAUGAUUU